UAAACUGAUUUAAGCACAAUAGAUAGGUUGAUUAAUAGAAUAUUCUCUUUAUAACAUCUCUGCUUAUGUUACUAAAGAUAGGUAAGGUCACAAGCUAUUUGUGGUUAUGACUCCGGAAGAUCUAAACUUAGAAACUUUCUCUAGAAAGAAGCCUAUCUAUUCAUAACAAAUCACAAAGAAACAAAAAAAAAAAGAAAGAUUUGUUUAGUUCGUUUCACCAAACAUAUUCAGGUCAUUAAAAAAAAAACCUUUCUCAAUUCUCAAAGCUCUCAAGAAUGAACAUGGGACCAAACCUCUAGCUUUUCAGGCAUUAAGGUUCAAGAAACAACAACAACAACACAUAAGAGUUUCCUCCAAAAAAUGAUUAACCAAUUCAGCUCUGUCUCAUUACUCUACGCCAUCGAGAUCGCAGACGCUACGCAAAACAUAGACUUCACAUGGUCAAGAACCAUCUCUUCACAUUCCUUAACCAUCAAAACAGAGAAUAUCAAGAACGAAGAACAUGACCAUCAUCAUCAACAGGUGAAGAUAGAUCUCGCAGGCUCUUCCUUUUGGGGUAAGAAAGGUCUAAAGAGCUUAGAAGCUAACCACACAAAGGUCGAUGUAUACUGGGACUUUCGUAAAGCCAAGUUCUCAACCUUCCCUGAACCUUCUUCAGGCUUCUACGUCUCCCUCGUGUCCCAAAACGCUGUAGUUUUAACGAUAGGAGACUUAAAGAACGAGGCUAUGCAAAGAACCAAGAAAAAACCCUCGGCUACAGAAGCUGCCUUGGUCUCCAAGCAAGAGCACGUUCACGGGAAACGUGUGUUUUACACAAGGACAGCGUUUGGUGGUGAGUCGUCAAGACGCGAGAACGAGGUGGUGAUAGAGACUUCUCUCUCUGGUCCUAACGAUCCUGAGAUGUUUAUCACCGUUGACGGUGUGCCGGCGAUAAGGAUCAUGAACUUGAACUGGAGGUUUAGAGGGAAUGAAGUUGUGACUGUGAGUGAUGGUGUUUCUGUUGAGAUCUUUUGGGACGUUCAUGAUUGGUUGUUUGAAACGUCUGGAUCGUCUAGUGGGUUGUUUGUUUUUAAGCCUAAGGUUGGAGAUGAAUCUAGAACUCUUAGCUUCAAUGGUGGGUAUGAUGGUGAGAAUGAUGAUGGUAAUAGUGGUGGUGAUAAUGAUAAUUGUGAUGAUGGUGGUGAUGGUGAUGAGUCGCCAAAGUAUUGCCAUGUUUUGUAUGCUGUGAAAGUUUGAUUCAGCGUUUUGUGUAAUUUUCUUUUAUGUAAUUUGAAUAUUUAGGAGAUUCAUGUAUUUUUUAUUUUGUGUGUGGACAUUCCAUGUAUAUGAUGUGUAAAGAAGACUGGCAGACUCAGAGGCUUUUAAGAUGCUAUGGACAAAAAAUAAUGAUGUUCUAGACCAAAAGCAACAACAGAUGCAUUGUGUCAAGCCCAAGAUGUGGAGCAUCUUCUUGGUAAAGAGCAAGCUCCUGCAUUGGAUGCAUCAGAUAAGCACAAGGAUAGUUGAGCUGCCAAAUUCAUUUCAAUUCUUAGAUUUCGAGUGUGUCACCUGAUGAUACCAUGUGUUCUAGCCAUUAGGGUUUUGGCUUAUAUGUAUAAAUACAAUGUUAGCACCAUUGUAAAAAAAGAGAUAAGCGAUAAGAAAUGAAAGAAUAUUCAUUGA